AUGUCGUCUGGAAAGAGGGUGUUCGCGGAGAGGCCAGCGUGGUCGGUGUGGCAGGAGAGGCGUCGGGCCCCUCGUCUCUGCCUCUCAGGCCUCCCCGCCACAAAUCAGGGGGGAGGCACGGGCCCGGAGGAUGUCAUCCUGCCGAUAUAUGUCGGGAAUCAGGUGGAGAUGCAUCCACCUUCCAUAUCCUCCUACCUUGGGCAGCCCAUGAACCACCUUCCCUUAGGGUAUUUCUCUAUUGGGGACGAGCCCCCAGACCCCUUACCUGGGCAAACUGAUGUAAUGAAGUGGAAGUCUGAAUGGAAGUACAUUCUUGAUUCGAUGACAGAAGUGAAAUGGAAUCGAAGACUCGUCUCUUACAUUCAGACAUUUGCAUAUUCUGCAAAUGAAGUGACAUGUGGCAAAAAAUGCCUGUAUCUAUGUUUUGACCUAGUAUUAACUUUCUCAUGUAACGCCAGGACACGUCCGCGCGAACUCAUGAGUGAGGUGCACCCCAUUAAGUGUGGUUCGCAGGGCUUGGAGUGCGUCAGGCGCGGCCGCGACGCAUCGCGACUCGCACUUGGUUGUUGUCAUCACCUCCUGGAGUCGUCAUGUCGUCUGGGACCGAGGCUAGCCAGUCACAGUUGCGGCGUCAGAUUGCCAAUAUUGUCGGAAAGGAUAAAGCGUAAUUGGCGUAGGAAAGAGGGUGUUCGCGGAGAGGCCAGCGUGGUCGGUGUGGCAGGAGAGGCGUCGGGCCCCUCGUCUCUGCCUCUCAGGCCUCCCGCCACAAAUCAGGGGGGAGGCACGGGCCCGGAGGAUGUCAUCCUGCCGAUAUAUGUCGGCAAGAAAGGAAAGAAAACAAAAGGGAAACCUGUUCCCCUCGGGGAGUUCCUCGGCGCUGCCAGCCCAGGCGGCGGAAGUGCAGUUGUGGUAAACAAAACGAGCUGGGCUGAAGAGUCCGAGGAUUAUGAUGAAGACCGCUACAUUGCACCCGAGAGAUUUGCGCUGCCAACGGCACCCGCACGCACAGCCCGUGGACCUGAUGUGGAUCCAGAGCGUAUCCCAACCAGCCCGCCAUUCACAGCUUAUAUUGCUAAUCUUCCAUUUGAAGUGGAUGAUCUUGAGAUUGAGCGGUUUUUCACCGACUUAAAGAUUAAAUCUAUUCGCUUACCACGUGAAGGCGGAGAAAAUGGUCGCUUCAAAGGAUUUGGAUACGUUGAGUUUGAGACUCGAAGUGACCUGAUUGAUGCCCUCUCUAAAAAUGAUGAUGUUAUGCGUAAUCGCAAAAUCCGCAUUGAUGUAGCGGAAGGGGGAGAGGGUGGUCAGAGAAGAGGAUUUUCAGACCGUGGCCCUCGAGAUGAGGAUCGCAUGGAUCGCAGCGAAGGGGUCUCUGACUGGAGAGCAGCACCUAGAGAUGCCCCGUCCCGUGACGGAGGAAGGGAUGAUCGCAGUCCUGGCCGAGGAGGUUAUGACCGCGACCGGCGUGAUGAUCGUGGAUUUGGUGAUCGUGACCGCGGUGGAUUUGGUGAUCGUGAUCGUGAUCGCGAUCGCGGUGGAUUUGGUGACCGUGAUCGUGGUGGCUUUGGUGACCGUGACCGAGAUCGUGACCGCUAUGGAGAUAGAGACCGUGGUGGUGGUUUUGGGGAUAGAGACCGAGGGUUCAGGGACAGAUACGGAGACAGAGGGUAUGACAGGGACAGAGGCUAUGACAGGGAUAGAGGCUAUGAAAGAGAUAGAGGGUUCAGGGACAGGUAUGGAGACAGAGGCUAUGACAGGGACAGAGGCUAUGACAGGGACAGAGGCUAUGACAGAGACAGAGGCUAUGACAGGGAUAGAGGUGACCGGUAUGGAGGAGGUGGUGGUGGUGGUCGCUAUGAUGAUGAUCGCAGAGGAUAUCGAGAUGGCGGAGACAGCCAGUGGAGACGUGACGAUGGGCCAAGAGGGCCUCCAAGAGAUGAUGCUGGACCAAGAACACGUCCUAAGUUGAACUUGAAACCUCGAAGUGCUCCAGCAAGUGAAGAAAAGGGUGAUGCAUCAUCUGCUAACAGCAGCAUUUUUGGAUCUGCUCGACCCGUGGACACUGCAUCCCGCGAGAGACAGAUCGAAGACAAGUUGCACUCAAAGGAUGUGCCGGCGCCACCAAAGAAAGAGUCAGCAGGUGGUACAGGUGGAAACAUCUUUGGUUCAGCCAAACCUGUAGAUACAGCUGCCCGUGAGCGUGAGAUUGAGGAAAAAUUAAGGAGAGAUGAACCGCGUCGGGAUGACCGUAGGGAUGAUCGCAGA